AUGACGCCUACAGCUGUCCUUUUGGUCUUUCUAAUGCUGAUCUCUAGAAGUCUCCCUUGUUAUGUAUGCCCUCCUGGAACAUAUCCUUAUUACAUCUAUCCUUCAAAUCCUUGGUAUGACUAUGGAUAUGGGAUGUAUGGAAUGUAUGGAAUGCCGUGGGGAAUGGGAGGCAUGGGAAUGGUGGAUCCGUUAACCGGCGCUAUUACGGGAGCUCUCGCAGGUGGACUCAUGGGACUACUUAAUGGCUAA